AUGGCACGUCAAUUUAUCGUUUUUGCCCUUUUGGCUUUGGCUGUGGCCACCGCAUUCGCUGCCAACGACGCACCUUCAGCUGCACCCACUGCUUCUCCGACCAAAGCACCCACCACCCAAAGCAAGGCUCCGGCCUCCGCACCCAAGUCCUCCUCCGCCGCCGCACCUAAAGCGUCGUCCCCUGUCGCAGAGGAACCAACCCCCGAAGAUGAUUACUCGGCAGCCCCCACUGACUCUGCCGAGGGACCCACCGUCUCCUCCCCACCUGCUCCUACCCCCGAAAGCACCUCCGCCGAUGGACCAUCUUCUGAUGCACCCACCGCCGAGUCACCCCAAAGCGGCGCCGUAACUAGUGUGAAGCUCUCCAUCGCCGGAACUGUCGCCGCCGUCGGAUUCUUCUUCUUCUCUCUCUAA